GCAAGACUCGCAAUUAGUGACGAGCUAAAAACUGCACAGCCUCCCCCGACCAGCUGUAAUUCAAAUACCCAUUCACUCAUGAUGCAUUGCUCACCGCGGGUCACGGUCGGGGUUGCUCUGCCUUCUUCACGCCCCGUGAACCCGCGUUGGGCCCCCUCCUACUAAGCAGCCCAGCUGUGCCCGCGCUCCCCCCUGCCCCUUGCAUUGUGCGCCUGCAGCCAACUUUGUCCUUUGUCGUGGACGGUGAAAAAGGGGGCUGGCGGCACGGAGACGGAGACGGAUCCUCAGCAAAUCAUCAAACAGGGCGUCUCAAACGCCUCCGCCACACUCAAAGGCAAACUACAUUCCAUUGAAACGCCGCACACAAAGAGGCCGGCCUAUUUCUCAGUCCUGGGCCCCCAGUCGGACAAACGAAAAUCGUGCGACCUAGUGCCAUUCAUACCUUCUUUCUGCAACCUGUUGCAAACAAUGAACGCUCCAUCUGACUCGCCCUCUAGAUAAAAGCGGGAGUCGCGCCGCUGUGCGGAGGAGCGUCUUGCGAACUGCCGAAGAGACACGCCACCUGCAUUUUCCGGCACACGAGAGCAACAGAAGGACAGAAACAGAGACAACACACAGACCAGGCAAGAGAGGCCAAACAAAACACCAUGGCGGUCGACACCACCUCCAGGAUCCCAUCACCGGCCCCUCGCAACCUCAUGAUGGUCGCCAACGCCGCCAAAAAGAUCGACGCCAGGGGGGCGCACGACCAGGUGGACGAGCGGGGCUUCCUGUUCGGGCGCGUCAUCGUCAUCAGCCUGAAGCUCGAGCUGGUGACGGAGAAGUACACCGUGGCCAAGCCGGGCGGCGGCAGCACCAAGCGCAAGAUGACGGCCCAGCGGUGGCGGUACCGGUGCGCCAACCGGGGCGAGCUGCGCGACGAGGCCCGCCGCGCCCGCAAGGUGCUGGGAACGGCCCUGCCCGAGAGCGCCGCCAACAAGCGGCUGCGCGACCUGUCGGCCCCGGUGCUCGACGCCCUCGGCCUGGGCCCGGACUUCCCCGUCUUCUUCUCCGAGGACAUGGUGAUGCUCGACGGCUACGUCCAGCACCUCGUCAACCGCAGCUGCCCGGGACUGGCCCCCGAGCUCAGGCGCUUCCUCGGCCGCUUCCGCCGCCACCUGCUGCCCGCCGAGCAGUUCAACCUGCUGUUCGACAACCUCGGCAGGGAGAACAGCCAGUCCCUGGCCUCCCCAGCCGUCGACUACCACGAGAUGCUGUUCCCGCCCGCCCAGGUCACCGUGACGCCCGGCGGCGCCAUGCACCGCCGCGAGGUCGAGCGCGAGGUGGUCGUGUGCGUCAACACGGCCGAGCACGACACGGACCUCGGCAGCGACGGGCUCUUCCCCAGCCAGCGCGCCCCCGAGAGGUACCUCGCCACGACGGGCCGCUGCGGCUACGGCGGGGAAAUCACCAGGACACAGAGGCAGUACCAGGACGUGCACAGGCAGUGCGUCUCGGACGACCGGCUAGCGGAGGCGCUGGCUUGCCACAGGAUGAUGUGCGUCUUCAGGAGACCGCGCAGGUAGCGGGAGCCUGGGCACAGCCACCGACAAAUGAGCGGAUACGAGGCGCACGAGGAAUAGUCAUGUCAUACCUUGACUCAACAGCAUGAAGCGUUGAUUAAUCACAUGCCGGAUACCCUAGAGUGUUGGCGACCGGAUUUUAAAAGGAGAGUGUUAAGAUAAUUAACCAGUCUAUGAAAUAAUGUCAAAUCACUAAAUACGCCA